UUUUCUUUUUUAUAUGUUGUGAGUUGUCUUAUAAGGAAGAACAAGCUCUCUUCGUUUUGGGGAAUGGGAAGGAAUCUAGACGCGGACGAUCGCGAGAGUCAUGAUUAUAAUGGAGGCGAGCGCGAGGAAUCGAGCAAGAUGAGUACCAAUUCUCCGCGACUAACGCUGCCGCUGCUCAAGCGCGUCGAAGAUCUGGAGCUAAACAUGAGAUCACUGGAAGGGCGUUACAGUCCGAGAUCGGUGAUUGUGGAUAGUGGCGCCAAUUGCUGGUCUUCGUCGUCCGCGCGAUCGUCCAGCCUCUCCACUCCAUCCAGCGCCAGGAUCAAGCCAAUCCUCGAUGCUCUGGAGGAGGUCGAGGAGAAGGGAACGCUGGUGGAGCGCGUCGCGCACUUGGAAGAUCGGCUAGACACGCUGAGCAUGCAUCUCCACAGCGGGGAGUGGACAGCGGCGCAGGUUCCAGCGCUGACGUCACCAGCAGCGGGGAAGGCGGCUGGACACGUGGCAGAGGCGCGGCCGGAGGAUGCUCCAGCAGGGCGCGGCCAGAGUGGCGAAGAAACCAAUCCCCAGAAGGUGAAGAGGAAGAAUAAAAGGAUAUCAGAGAUGCUGAAGAGUUGCUUACAUCCAGUACCAUCUCACUGAGUGUGCAAGCUGAAAAAGAUAUAUAAUCAUAUAUCAGUUAUAUUUUGGAUAUUCUCACCCC